AUGCCGAAGUCGAAGCGUAACAGAGUUGUUACCUUAUCUAAGACGAAGAAGAAGGGUAAGGAGCACAAAGAAAACAUUGUCAACUCAAUAAGGGAAUGCGCGGAAAAGUAUAGUUCAGCGUACGUAUUUAGUUUCGAGAACAUGAGAAAUCUCAAGUUCAAGGAGUUCAGAGAUCAGCUCAAGUCUUCUAGCAGAUUUUUCCUGGGAUCGAACAAAGUCAUGCAGGUAGCACUAGGUCGGUCAGACUCUGAUGAGAUUCGUCCCGGCCUCCAUAAGAUUUCUAAGCUUGUACGCGGCGAUUCAGGUCUUUGCUUUACUAACUUAUCGAAGGAGGAGGUCCAAAGGUUGUUUAACGAGUAUGAAGAACAUGACUUUGCGAGGACUGGCACUACAGCAACUGAAAAGGUGGAGCUACAAGAAGGUCCUCUUGAUCAGUUCACACAUGAGAUGGAGCCAUUCUUGCGGAAACAAGGGAUGCCAGUGCGGUUGAACAGAGGUGUCGUGGAGCUCGUGUCUGACUUUGUUGUAUGUGAAGAAGGGAGGCCAUUGUCACCAGAGGCAGCUCGGAUACUGCGUCUGCUUGGUAAGAAGAUGGCUACUUUCCGGCUCCACUUAAUAUGCAGGUGGUCUCCUGAUGAGUUUGAAAUCUACAGAGAAGGAUUGGAAGAAUCAGAUAUUGAAUCCUCAUAG